AUGGUGGCCCCCGCGGAGGCCGACGUGCCGCCCCCCACCAUGCUAGUCAAGAUCGCCUCCGCCGGGGUGUCCGCCUGCCUGGCUGACAUCAUCACCUUCCCGCUGGACACCGCCAAGGUCCGGCUGCAGGUGCAAGGAGAAAGGCCCAACGCCCCCGGCGUCAAGUACAAAGGGGUUCUGGGAACCAUCGCCACUGUGGCUAAGACAGAGGGGCCCCUGAAACUCUACGGCGGGCUCCCCGCGGGCAUCCAAAGGCAGAUCAGCUUUGCCUCACUGCGCAUUGGCCUCUACGACACGGUGCAGGAGUAUUUCAACGCCCAUAGACAGACCCCAGCAACCUUAGCCAACAAGAUCUCUGCAGGCCUCAUGACUGGCUGUGUGACAGUUUUCAUUGGGCAGCCCACGGAGGUGGCGAAAGUGAGGAUGCAGGCCCAGAGCAGCCUGCACUGGCUAAAGCCACGCUACAGUGGCACCUACAAUGCCUAUUACGUGAUUGUGAGGACCGAGGGCUUCCUGGGCCUGUGGAAAGGGACGAGUCUCAACCUGACUCGAAAUGUCAUCAUCAACUGCACGGAGCUGGUGGUGUAUGACAUGCUAAAGGAGGCGCUAGUGAAGAACAAUGUGCUGGCAGAUGACGUGCCCUGCCACUUAUUGUCUGCGCUCACGGCUGGCUUCUGCACCACGGCACUGGCCUCUCCUGUGGACGUGGUGAAAACGAGAUUCAUCAACUCUCCACCAGGCUAUUACCCACAUGUGCACAACUGCGCACUCAACAUGCUCCAGAAGGAAGGUCUCAGAGCCUUUUUCAAAGGGUUUGUACCCUCCUUCCUGAGACUUGGGUCCUGGACAGUCAUUAUGCAUGUGACCUUUGAGCAGCUGAAGAAAGAAUUGAUGAAAUCCAGGCAGACCGUGGACUGUGCUACAUAA